GUUCAACUCUACAGAUUUCCCGCCCUUCAAAGCCUAUGGGGUGGAGGGAUGGUGGUUGGACAACCUUCUCAAGGCUGGAAAGUUGACGCGGCAGACGUAUCUUCGGGUGGCUGCGCAGGUGACAGUCGGAUUCCAAAAACGAUUGGGAGACUGCAAGGCUGCAGAGCGUUAUCUUCACGACCAGGCUAUUCGAGACGCCGUGCAGGCAGAGUCCAAGGCGCUAGAGUCCGCGAUGUUGCCCAUGAAGACGUUCGGACCAGUCGAGGAGUUCGUGGCUUGCCACGACGGACAGCCUCGCUUCCGCCGUCCCAUACUUGCAAUCGUGGGCGGCACGCGCUUGGGUAAAUCCAUGCUGGCUGCCCACACCUUGAAGCGGGUGGCAAACAAGUUGGGUUUGAAGGACUUCCUCGAGGUGACAGUAGAGGAUUCUGAGAACAUGGACCUUGCAGAUUUUGACCGCCGUGUGCAUGCCGGGGUUCUGCUUGACGGCAUCGGAGAUGCCAUGUUCCUGAAAAGGAACCGGGAAGCCCUGCAAGGUCGCCCAAAGAUUGUAAAAGGAGCGAGAUCUGCCACGAACGUUUUUUCCUAUUCCUAUUCUUUCUGUGGACGGGCAGUCAUCGCAACUUUCGAUUUGUCGGCCCAGAACCUGGAAGAACUCCACACCGAUCAUUGGCUGUGCAAUCGUCAGAAUGUCCAACUGCUACGCCUAGACGAGCCGGCCUACAUUGAGCCAGCAAGCGCUGCUGAGAGUGAUGUUGCCGACUCACGCUCUGAUCAGCGAAAGCGCAGGUGGGUGGCUUCGCCUGGACCCAAGCGCGAGCUGCAGUUCGACGAGUCAGGAAUCGUGCUCGUCGUGGCGCCCAGGUUCUUGCAGAUGAGUUGGCAGAUCUCCGUCGANNCGAAGCGUGCAGAAAACCGCGAGCUGGCAAACCAGGAGAAAGCGCUCAAGAAGCGGCGAAGCCGGUUGAUGCAGGCAGCACGGCAACUCAGCGCUGACGAUUUGGUCGUCCUUUUGCAGCAACAAGGCGCGGGCGCUGGUCCUGUUGUGCCUGUGGUUGCUGGUGCCGUUCCAGAAGGCGCGGGCCCUGGUCCUGUUGUGCCUAUGGUUGCUGGUGCUGUUCCGGGAGGCGAUGGUGGCGAAGCCAUUGCCGUUGAUGAUGCGGACUUGGAGUUGGGCGGCAGUGACCACGGGGCCGUGGUGGUUGAUGCGGACUUGCAAGGCAGUGAGUGGAAAAACUUCGAUUGGCUGGUUUCCAUUUUUGCUGGCAGGCCUUAUGCCGGAGGGCGGAGCCGUCGCCGACGUGGACUUGGGUGGCAGUGCCCUAAGAAACAGACAGGUUCGCUUAGCAGCGUGUUUCCGGCAUGUGACUCCUGA